CCCAUGUUCAUAAUUCACGCCAGUGGAGCCGUACCCGGUCCCGUUAGUUGCAGUGUCUGUGGGAGGACUCCAAGCUAUUCCAGCGGUAAUUUCCCAAUAGCUUGCUCCUAUUCCUUAUCACUCUGUGGCCAAGCAAGCUAUUAAUACUGGAUGCCUUCCACACUUAGAUUCUCCUUCUCUCCUCUCUCUCAUCAGCCCAACCAGCCAAUCCACUGACUCAACUUGACUUCGGUCGUCCAUUCUUUAAAAACACCAAUCACAGCUGCCAGCUUAAUACGCUCCUUCCAGCCAAACCCACCAACUCGCAAUAAAAUACCCCGUCAUUUUCAACGUACCAAUACCACCCAAUAAACCGUCAAAAUGCGUUUCGCUGCUGUCGCCGCCGUGUUCGCCGGAGUUGCCUCCGCCGGUAUCACCGUCUACUCUACCGACUACGUGACCAUCACCUCUUGCGCCGCCAGCGUCACCAACUGCCCGGCCAGAUCCACCGCUACCUACAGCUCGGUGUACGCCACCACGGCCGUGACCUCCCCCGCCGACACCACUGUCGAUGUUCCCGCCAGCUCCGAGUACCCUGUCAGCUCCAAGUACCCCUCCAGCUCCGUGGUCCCUACCACCUCGCAGGCUCCUACCGUGGUUACCUCGGUCAGCCCUAAGGCUACCACGUACCCAGCUGUUGAGGUAUCCAGCUCCCCUUCGGGCUCGGUUCUCACCAUCUCGACCACCACCUGUAUCCCGACUGUCAUCUACUCCACCGUGACCGUCAGCUCUACCAGCACUCCGGCUGCUACCCCCUCGGUUGGCACCUCCAUCCCGGGAUACAACACCACCACCUCCACCCCCAAGCCUACCACUCCCGUCACUGCUGGUGCCUCCUCCGUGGUCGGCUCCGUCGUUUUCGCCGCUGCUGCCGGCCUCGCUGCCUUCGCUUUCGCUUAAGCGACAGGACGGUCUACCUUGAGACCUUGAACAACCAGCUUGGAAGGCUGCGGCUAUACUUGUGAUACGGGCUUUGUCAUGCAGAAACGAUCUGGGACGCAUGGCUACAUACUGUUUAAUCUUCUAAUUGUAUCUAUGGGCGUGGAUGCCGUAUGACAAACUCCAUCAUUCAUGUCUAUGUUGCAAUCACGUUUUGACACGGCUUUUGGCACCCAUAUGUAUUUUCGAGUUGAAGCACACAAGUGACAUGUGCAGACUCACAAUGGAUUGACCGUUGCAGAACUGCCUGCAGCUGCAGCUCGCCUUGCAAAUGGGAUUGUUUGGUAAUUCUGGGGAAGGUUGAAUCGAUCACACCCAUCCCCUGAACUGAUCUCCCAGGUCAAUUUUAAAUCCUUGCAGGGUUGUAGAUGAAACACUAUACACCGAACAUGGAC